ACGACGUAACUCAAACAAUUCGUCAUUCUGCAUGGAGUGUACUAAUCCUGGCGUCUGUCUAGUAUUCUUCAGAUUAUCCUCUACGAGGCAACUGGUACGCCCAUAAGCACGAGAGCAUCAUCUCCUUUGACGCGUACACGCCAGCAAAUCGACCGUCCGGGGAGCACAAAUCCUAUGUCGUAUGCAACAAGCUUUGGUGUAACACAUCGCAUGGUUUACGCGUACCUAAGUACGGCUGUCAGGGCCGACGAAUCUGUGCGGGCACAGAUCUGGAUUGAUACGAAGGCAAAAAACGAUAUCAUGCAUCUAUGUUGUGUCGCCCAACUCGCGGCAAUCUCGGAGUCAAUUAACAUCACGAACCUUGCGCCUGUGGUUAGUUCUCCUUCGAACCUUCUCAGGCUCAGGACAUCAGCUGAUUCGUUGAGAGGUCUUCAUCCAAUUGCAUGGUCCCCCUCGUCGCGAAAGUCCGGUGGCGCGCAAGAUAUAGGGAAACCCCCAUCAUGCUUGUCGUGUUCUACUUCCUUCGAGUCACAUCAUGACAUUAUGUGCACUGUAGUAACACAUGUCGAGCCUCAAUGCACUGUGUCUCUCGAAUGAUGCUAGAUGAUAUUAUGAUACUGUCUGGCAGCAUCUUUGCUUGUGAUACCCAAGACCGGGCUCACUCAUGUAGGACAAGAGCAGUAAGGUAAUUGCCCGAAGACACGAGACAAGGCUUACAUGAGCACCGACAGCGCGGAGGGCGAGCAUGUGACAAGCGCAGAGAGGCUUGCACGAGAUUCUGAAGGUUCUACGGAUUCGGAGGCAAAGUUGAGCCUGCAUAUUCCUGUAGGUGUAGUUACCAACAACACGGUUCGCAAGGAAAGCCGGAGGUCCGCGUAAUUUGGUCAGGGGAUACAGCGAGCGACAGCGGCAGCCAACGGUCCCGUCCAGAGAUGAUCG